AUGCCUCUUUCCACCGAUCCCAAGAUCAAUGAGACUUCCGAGGCUCUGAAGGAAACCUUGAAAGGCGCCUUCCAUACACCUCCGGGAUACAGACCAGCACACGCAAGGGGCAUUUUGCUGAAUGGAACAUUCAAACCAACACCAGAAGCAGCAUCUCUAUCUUCAGCUCCUCAUUUAAACGCUCCGUCCACACCAGUCAUUGGGCGUUUCUCCAACUCCACUGGUAUUCCCACAAUACCUGACAACGAUGCCAAUGCCAAUCCAAAGGGCUUCGCUGUCCGAUUUACCCUCCCUGAGAAGGACGGCCGGAGACAACAUACCGACAUUAUCGCACACUCGACACCAUUCUUCCCAGUAAAUUCCGGCGCCGGCUUCCUCGCACUACUGGGUGCGAUCGGCGCGUCUUCCGCCCCAGAUGCGCCCAAAAAUCCAUCUCCCAUCGAAGCAUUCCUCGGCAAAACACCCUCCGCUCUCGCCUUCGUGACAGCGCCAAAACCAUUCCCUACUAGUUUCGGCACGGAGAAAUACUUCGGCGUCAACGCGUUCAAACUCAUUUCCUCGGAAGGCAAGGAGACGUUAGUUCGUUACCGCAUCACGCCCGACGCCGGUGAAUCAUACAUCACCGAUGAGGAAGCCAAGGCCAAGGAUGCAGCAUAUCUGCACAACGAGAUUCAGACACGCAUCAUCGACGGCGGUGUAAGCUUCAGCUGGUGGGUGCAGAUUGCUGAGGAGGGCGAUAUUACCAAUGACGCGACUGAGCGUUGGCCCGAGGAGCGAAAAUUGGUGAAGUUGGGGACAAUCACUUUGGAGAAGGUUUCAGAUGAUAACGAUGAGGAGCAGCGCAAGCUAAUCUUCGAUCCUAUUCCCAGGGUCGCAGGCUUUGAUGUCAGUGAUGAUCCGCUUUUGGAUCAGAGAGCUGAUCUCUACUUGGCGAGUGGAAAGGAAAGGAGGGCAGCUGGACCCCAUCAUUGA